AAUGGCCAGUUGUUUCAUAUCAGCAAAAGGGCGAGAGACUCAGUGUGAGAUAACAAUACUGAACGGAGAUUCAUUCAAUGGCGGCGAAGGCUCUGCUUAACGUGGCGGCCCUCCGAUUGGUCGGCAGCCGUCCAUUUCUACGGGGAACAGUGUCGAUGAUGACGGCGACCACGACCUUUAACCGGUCGUUAUCUAGGGCGAAGUUUCCCCUUUCCUGCUUUGCUUCUCCGGUCCGUCGGAGUUUCUGCAUCCGGGCAACGACGCAGUCCGAUAAUUCCGCCUCCAUGGAAUCUCCUUUGAUGGAAUCAAUGGAGAAGAAGAUCAAGGAGCAUUUAAGUGCAGAAUCGGUUGUUGUGAAAGAUGCUUACGGUGAUGGCCGCCAUGUCAGCAUAGAAGUUAUAUCUUCGGCUUUCGAGGGGCAAUCUGCAGUGAAUAGGCAGAGGAUGGUUUACAAGGCAAUUUGGGAAGAGCUUCAGGACAGAGUGCAUGCUGUUGACCAGAUGACUACCAAGACUCCAUCUGAAGUAGCAUCAAAGUCUUGAAGUGUAUGUACUAAAACAUCCUUUAUCUAGUUUUGUCAUAUUACCAGUGGAUUUUUGGCUUUGUUAUUCUUGAUAAACAAUUUAAAAGCUUCUUUAAAUAAUAUUUUUUUAAUCGAAAAAGCCAUGAUAUUUUUGUUUCGAUUU